UACAAAUUUCGUACAGCGCACUCAAAAUACAAACAUUUUUGUUUGAGAUUUUAAAGGUCCACAAAAAAAAAGCUAAGACCGCAAACGUCAAUUGCCAGAAAACUCUUCCAAAAAAAAACUCAAACGGCAGUAAAACAUAAAAACACAUGCAUGUUUAUUAGAAAAUUGUCAAAAAUCUUUUAUCAAAAUUUUACUAUCAGACACAUUACUCAGUCAAUAAAAAUUGAUGCGCAAGCAAAGAAAAUUGUGCCCGUCCAUUCAACCAGCCAUCAAAGGAACCAGCGGUUAGCAGAAGGUUGACCAGUUCCAUUAAACACAGGCCUUACAACGGCAUGUGCAAAGCGGUCAUUUAUCCUUUGUCCUCCCACCCGAGAUAACCGAAAUGAUGUGGACCCGAACGAGACUCGCCCUGCGCAGCAUUGCUAGAUCGCAAAGCUUGAACGGUAAGCGCUCCAGGAUGAAGGAACAGCUGUCUGCCAAGCAGAACGAGCGUAACGAGAAGAAGAAAAAGAAGCUGGCGGCGCUGGCCAAUCUGAUGGAGCUGAACGAUCGGGAUCGAUUGCACGAGGCGGAGCUGGCCAAAAAACGGGAUGUAGAGGAAGCCGAAACGGAGGAGACCCCCGCAAAGGCAAAGGACGACGCGGACGACGGCUUUAUCACGGUGGGCAGCAAGCGGAAGUCCCGAAAUCGUGCUACAGCCCGCAGUAAUCCCGAACCGGAGGCGCAAUCGGGAGCACCCCAGACCACAACAGAUAGCGACGAGCCGGCUUCGAAGAAGAGUCGUACCCAAGAGGCUGGCGGGGAUAGCCUGCCCCAGGAAAUAAGCUCUCUGUCCGAGGAGCAGUACAAACAGCUGUCGGCGGAGCUAAGACGUCGCAAACGCCAACUCGAGGACGUUCCCGGCCUGCGACUGCGGGAGAUGGGCCAGCGAGCAUCUCUUGAGACGCCCCAGCAUGCACGCACUCCCAUCUUCCUUACCGACAUCCAGAACCUGCUAAUGUCGGCCCUCAUUGGCCAAAAGAGCCCCUGCCGGCCGGAUCGGUGGUGCAGCGUGGAGAAGUGGCUCAGCCUGUCUCACAGCGUGGUGGUCAUCUUGGAGGGGUUAUCCCUCUACCACUACCUCUCCAACGAGAGCCAGUUCGAGGCCACGAACAGGAUAUUCAACACCAAGCUGGAGAUGAUUCUUCCCCCGCAGGACGAAAGUCAGAUCAUCGAAGAGAUAGCCAAGAUUCCCCUUACCAAUGUGCAGGCCCGCAAGCUGAUUGAUGAGCACGGCUCCCUAGAGUCCGCUGUGGAGCUAAACAAGGAUCCCACUCUGUUCGUUAAGACCAUCUUUCCCAUCGAGAAAAAGCCGACGAAACCGGAUGACCUGCACAUGGACGACAAGUUCCCACGCACCAAGCUCCUGCUAUCCGCCCUGCAAAUGGUUGACGAGGGCUAUCCAAUUCCGUUCCAAGGCGAUUUGCACAAUCGCUUCCGGAGCUUCAAGUUCACCAAGAAUUCUUACGAGCCGGUGACCAAUCGCAGUCCCAUGUUUGGAGUGGAUUGUGAGAUGUGUCAGACGGAGGCGGGGGUCAACGAGCUGACCCGAAUCUCUAUUGUCAACGAAAAGUACAUGACUGUAUACGAAACACUAGUGUUGCCGAACAACAGAAUCACCAACUAUUUGACCCAGUACUCGGGCAUCACUGAGGAAAUCAUGAGGAAAGUGACGAAAAAACUGAAGGAUGUGCAAAAGGAAGUGUCUGAACUGCUGCCUCCGGAUGCCAUACUGGUGGGGCAGUCAUUAAACUCGGAUCUGAACGCCAUGCGGAUGAUGCAUCCGUAUGUGAUUGACACCAGUGUGUGCUUUAACAUCUCCGGUGUCCGAAGACGCAAGAGCAAACUUAAGGACCUGGCCAAGACCUUCCUAAAGGAGACGAUUCAGGAGAACGACGACGGCCAUGACUCCAUUGAGGAUUCGCGAGCCACGCUGAAGCUGGUCAAGAUGAAGCUGGCUAACAGCAUCGAGUUCGGCGACGAGAUCCUUACGCAGCAAAAGCGAUUACAAGAAUUGGCGAACGCCUCCAGCGGUGAUACCAUCAGUAAUAACCUAUUUGCCCAUGUAGCCAAGCGGGAUAAGCGAACGGCUAUCGUCACGGUUGGAGAUUUGCAGCCCCGGCUCAAGGAUGUUAUUUUAAAGGCAGGAGAGGCUGCUCCCAAAGAUCACAGCCUAGCGGUCCGUGUUCACGAGGUGUCCACGUCCAAGGAAGCCGUGCGCAAGGUCUCUGAAAUUGCGCUGGAAAAUGCCCUUACCAUUGCAAAUCUACCCGUGCCAGAGCAGGACUUUGCAUUGGAGAGCGCGGAGCGGAAUGUUGCGAAGCUGGACAGAACCAUCGAGCGACUGUGGAACACGGUGGCGCACAACGGACUCUUCCUCGUCCUCAUGGGCGGAUCCACGGAGUGCACCAAAGGCGUGGCCAAAAUAGCCAUCAAGCGACUAAACGGAUCGGAACAGACAAGUGCUCCCAUUGGAAGUUAGGAAGCGAACGAGAACAUGUCUCCUGUUAUUCACCUCUGCCCGAUCCCAUAUGCCACUAGGUUUUACUUCAGAAAAACCCUUCCGGCUUCUGGUGAUCCAGAAGGUCAGACGGAAUCCCGAAGCGGAAUCAAAUUUGCCGUAUCAUCCCCAAGACAUGACCGACUAAUGUUUCACCUUACCUCGAAAACGCACUACAUGCUUAAAUGUACCGAUAAAAAAUUGUCAAAUUGAAAAAAAAUUUCUUUAACAAGAAUAAUAAAAUG